GCAGAGAGAAUAGGGACACCAAGAGCUUAUCUCUCAUUUUAGCAGCACUAUUGUGAGGCUCUAUUAGGCAAGAUAACAUGGCCAAGAGUGAACUUUGACGCAGGAGUUACCAUUAAGCAUGAAGAACAAGUCAGAGCAUGAAGAUGAUCAUAAGCAUGAACUUGAAAUCCUUAAGGGGGUGGCACAAUCGUGGCAUGCUCACUCAGUCAGUUCAACGUCUACCAGUGAAUAUGAUAAAUAUCGCCAAAAUUUUCAAAGCAAGCCUUCUCGGUUUAAGCUAGAAGCAAUGAACAAGUCAUCAGCCAAGAGGGUUGAGAGAGCAAAUUGGGAUUUCAAGCAAUCACUGUGGGAUUCCUAUGAGAUUGUGAAUGUGUACAAAAGGUUGGAGAGAGGGCUUGUUUUAGAUGAUUCAUUUAGUGGGGUACAUGCUCAGAGAAGGGUCCAUAGGAAGAAAAUAGAGAGUAGUUUUCCCACUUGCCUUGUAGGAAAACCAAGCAAAUUCUUAUCUUGUGCAUUCAGUGAGAAGUAUUUUCAUAGAAAUCUCAUGCUACAAGUACCUGCGUUGUCAUGAAAACACCACACAGGCAGACAAAGUAGGUGUUCUCCGUGUCAGAGCUAUCUAUGACAGCAAUUAAUUUGUAUAAUAGAAUUACUAGUAUGUUUUUUUUUAAGAACAAAAAAUCUCCUGAAGGAUUUUAGUAGCAGAAAAUGGUAAAGUUGCGCGAUAGCAGUCGAUUUGAUCCUUGAUUUGUCAACAUCCCAUGAGGAAUUUUGUAACCAUGUCCAGGAUUCUGUCAAAUUGAACAGUAUAUUCGUGCCUGAUAUUGAAAAUGGUAUGCUAUUCUUAACUCAAUUAUUGCGGUCUGGUCCUGGUAGAUUCCCUGCAAAGAAUCUCAGCUGUUCACCACACGUCACUAGAAGUUGCUUGCAGCUGUCCAGCAACCAGAUUAAUUGUGCCGAAGAAACAGAGUAAGCCAUCGUCCAUCUGUUCGUUAAUAUUAAUAUUCCCACAUAUGACACUUGUCUUAAAACCAUCAUUUGGAAUAAUUAAGAAGCCUUAAUUGUUAGUAGUUUAUUGUUAAGUGGAAAGGAUAAUGUCAUGUGUGCUAUUCUUUAAGUAGAGGCAUCCCUCAUGUAAUUCUAAUAGCCCAGUUAUGACAGGUGGACAGUAGAGUAUUUUAUUUAUGUUUAAUACCACAAGUACAAAGGUUCAGUA